AUGGCCGACCCUGCAUGGUGGAAACUCACCUUCCUAAGAAAAAAAAAGUCAGAGCCGAAGGUCCUAUAUGAAAUACCGCCCGACUUCAGCACCAACAAUGCAAAUAAAGACCUGGGCAAUGAUGCCGCAGACAACAAUUUGGAUGCCAGACUGGAAAAAAUAGUGGAUAAAUCUGGGACCAAGGGCCGUCACGUCAAAGUCUCCCAUUCUGGGCGGUUCAAGGAGAAGAAGAAGAUUCGCUCAAGUCUGACGGAAAACCCAAGCCUUUGCCCUGAAUCUGCUAGGACAGACAAGAGCCAUGUGGAAAAAUAA